UGGUGCGCCGCCGCGAUUGUAGAGAGCGCGCGCGGCACCAGUCUCAUCGUCAUUUCACGCGCGGUGGCUUCCUUAUAGGUGUUCUGUGCUUCAUUCGGCACUGCGGUCAAAGCGGACCGACGAGCUUGCGGUGGCGCCGUGCAGGGGAGGUGCAUCAAAAUGGGACUUGCCUGAGGGCGUGCCCUUGUGGUGCCAACAUGCUUCUGUCACCAUGAAUUAGCCACACCCCUCACAUCACCAUGACAAAAGCGUACGACUUCAACUGGCAACGUCCUGUGCCUGAAGCCCUGCUCAAGGGCUGCAUAUUUGAUCGUUGGGAAGAGGAGAAGGAACAAGUAGUCUACGAACCUAACGCCUUGUUUCGAGUCGACGAAUAUGGAUUUUUCAUCUAUUGGAACAGCGACGGUAGGGAUGGUCAGGUGCUCGAGCUGUCGCAAGUGAAUGACAUAAGGGCUGGUGGAAUACCAAAGGAUGUAAGACUGUUGGCUGAGCUUAGUAGCAAAAACCGGUAUGGCCUGGAUGAAGUUUCACUGACCAUCUGCUCUGGCACGGACAUGGUCAACAUCAACUACACCCAUGUUGUCUGCCCUGACCCUGAAACAGCCAAGGUGUGGCAAGCUGGCCUACGCAGCAUCACCAACAACAUCAAAGCCAACAAUGUGUGCCCUGCCACUUGCCUUGAAAAACAUUGGAUCAAGCUAGGAUUCCUGGUGGACCCGGAUGGAAAAUUACCGGUACGAAGGAUAGCACAGACAUUUGCAUCGGGCAAGACUGAAAAGCUUGUGUACCAAUGCAUAGGCGACGUUGGACUUCCCAGUGGAAAGAACGACGUCAUUGAGCCCAAAGAAUUCACCCGAAAGUUUCAAGAGUUGUACCAGAGGGUCUGUCCCCGUAACGACAUAGAGGAGCUCUUCAACUCAAUAACAGAAGGCAAGACAGAUUACAUCAGCCUGAAGCAGUUGAUUGCAUUUCUCAAUGAAAAGCAACGCGACCCGAGACUCAAUGAGAUCCUGCACCCAUUCUACGACGAGCGGCGGGCACGGGAGAUAGUGUCGGCCCAUGAGGCCAACCCCGACCAUGUGAAGGAGGGUCGUCUCAGCCAGGGGGGCCUGGUGCGCUACCUCAUGUCAGACGAGAAUGCCCCCGUAUUUCUUGACCGGCUCGACAUGUACAUGGAGAUGGACCAGCCCCUGUCUCACUACUACAUCAACUCUUCUCAUAACACUUACCUCACCGGGAGGCAGUUUGGUGGCAAGUCUUCCGUGGAAAUGUACCGACAGGUGCUUCUAGCUGGAUGCAGGUGUGUGGAGCUUGACUGUUGGGAUGGCAAAGGAGAGGACGAGGAGCCCAUAAUCACUCAUGGCAAGGCCAUGUGCACAGACAUUCUCUUCAAGGAUGUGAUCUAUGCCAUCAGGGACUGUGCAUUUGUCACUUCUGAUUACCCUGUGAUUCUUUCGUUUGAAAAUCACUGCUGCAAAAAGCAACAGUACAAACUUGCCAAGUACUGCCUGGAGAUUUUUGGUGACCUACUGCUCACUGAACCACUGCCAAAUUAUCCGUUGGAGCCAAGUGCACCUCUCCCAUCUCCCAACGACCUCAAGAGGAAGAUUCUCAUCAAGAACAAGCGACUGAAGCCUGAGGACGAAAAGCGUGAACUGGAGCUGUGGCGGAAAGGACAGCUGCAGAACGACGAUGAGGAGGAAGAGAAAGAGGAUGCCUCGGUCACCAUCAUUGCACCGACCGAGGAAGGCGAGGGAGAGGUGGAGCCAAGUUCGCCGACGCAGAAAAACAAUCCUGGAUCCAAAAAAAAGAAGGUGGAGGCUCAGCUGGAAGAGCAGUUGGCCAUGGCACACUACCAGUACACGGGGGCCACGGUGCAUGUGCACCCGGUGCUCUCAUCGCUGGUCAACUACGCGCAACCGGUCAAGUUCCAGGGUUUUGACGUGGCCGAGGAACGAGCAAUCCACUUCAACAUGUCCUCAUUUGCUGAGACAGCUGCUCUCGGAUGCCUCAAGUCGCAGGCCAUCGAGUUUGUCAACUACAACAAACGACAAUUAAGUCGCAUUUAUCCCAAAGGAACAAGGGCUGACUCAAGCAACUUUCUUCCACAGAUCUUCUGGAAUGCAGGCUGCCAGAUGGUGGCCCUCAACUUCCAGACGCCUGACCUUCCCAUGCAGCUCAACCAGGGCAAGUUUGAAUACAAUGGCGGAUGUGGGUACCUCCUGAAGCCAGACUUCAUGCGACGAGCAGACAAAACAUUUGACCCUUUUGCGGAGUCACCCGUAGAUGGUGUGAUUGCAGCCCAGUGUUCGGUGCGAGUGCUGUCCGGCCAGUUUUUGUCGGACAAGAAGGUGGGCACGUACGUUGAGGUGGACAUGUACGGACUGCCCACGGACACAAUCCGGAAGGAGUUCCGCACCCGCAUGGUGCCUGCCAACGGACUCAACCCUGUCUACAAUGAAGAACCAUUUGUCUUCCGAAAGGUAGUUCUUCCAGAUCUCGCUGUGAUCCGGAUUGCCGUCUAUGAUGAGAAUGGCAAAAUGCUGGGUCAGCGAAUCCUUCCCAUGGAUGGCCUGCAAGCAGGCUAUCGACAUGUGUCUCUGCGGACAGAAGGGAACUUUCCCAUGUCACUGGCCAUGCUGUUCAUCUGCAUCGAACUCAAGAUCUACGUUCCAGAUGGCUUGGGAGACCUGAUGGACGCUCUGUCCGAUCCUCGAGCUUUUCUGUCGGCUCAGGAGAAGCGGCUGGUGCAGAUGCGAGCCAUGGGCAUCGAGGAGGCCGACAUCCUUGUCAACCGACCUGAGCUGGGCUCUCAGCAAAAGAAAGAUGACGAGAAGAGGGAGGAGUGGCGGGUGGAAGCCAUCACGGCUGAGGCACUGCGGGCAGAGAAAGAGUACAUCAAGCUGCGUCGCAAGCAGAUGAAAGAGCUCGAGGGAUUACGAAAGAAGCACCACAAGGACAAGCAGCAUGUGCAGAAGCAGCAGUGCUUGGCCGUGGAAAAGCUUCUGCCACGGGACACCAGCGAUGACUCUGGCACGGCUGCUAGCGAGGACUGCGCAGUGCGGUCACUCGUGGUCAACCAGAUGCACCAGUGGUCAUCGCUGCUAGCCUCACAACGUAGCCAGGAGUGGGAGUUACUGCGCCAGCAGCUCACUCAGCAGGGGGCACUGCUGCGCACGCUUAUGCUAAAGGCACAGGCUGCUCAGAUGAAGCAGCUGGACGCAAAGUUUGAUAGGGAGAACAAGGAGAUGAAGACAAAACAGGCCAAGGUGUCGGUGGAGACGGCACGGGAAGUUUCUAGUGACAAGACACUGCGCAAUAAGGCUGAGCGAGAACGGCGUUUGCGCGAGAAGAACAGCAACAACACCAAGAAGUUCAUCGAGGAACGCAAGUCAGCGGCACUGAAGCAGAGCAAGGAACGAGAGCGCCUCAAAAAGGUCCACGAGAAGCAGCUACACGACCUGCAGCGUGAGAUCGACAAUGGCUUGGAGCUGUACAACACAGCGGAGCUGGAGUACAAGCUGUGUGCCAAGCUUGAGUGCUUCGUGUGACACCUGUGGGGCCACUUCCCUGGCUGCUACUGCUGCCACGGCUGCAAAACCCAAGAGUCAGGAGGGCGCAGUUUGGCACUUAAAGCCAAGCUGCGCAUCUUUCCUUCACGUUUUGCGUAUGUUGAGUUGGCCACAUUUGUUGUGGCAGUCUGUAUUGACGAAACGACCUGUCGAAAACUCUGAUGGCUCAUGCAGGACCUUGUGGUAACUCGAGUUCUUGAGAAAAAGGUAGUGACUGGCCUUCAGACUGCUACUGCUGCCACGGCUGCAAAACCCAAGAGUCAGGAGGGCGCGGUUUGGCACUUAAAGCCAAGCUGCGCAUCUUUCCUUCACGUUUUGCGUAUGUUGAGUUGGCCACAUUUGUUGUGGCAGUCUGUAUUGACGAAACGACCUGUCGAAAACUCUGAUGGCUCAUGCAGGACCUUGUGGUAACUCGAGUUCUUGAGAAAAAGGUAGUGACUGGCCUUCAGACUGUAUUUUAUGUUUGAAGAAAUUUCACAUAAUUAGAUUAUUAUCCUGAUGAAGGAGAAUAUCUCACAGAGCGAGGUGAAGAGAAAGUUCAGGUUACACUGUUGCAGCAUUUUUUGCAUUACACUCAAACAUCUUUAUUGCAUCUUACAUGAAAAUAAGUUCGUUAUAUGCAAAAUUUUGUGAUGAAGAUAUAUUCCUAAUGCUACAUCUAUUGCUAGAGUAUUCUUCAUUAACUUCGUUAUAUCUGGGUUCGUAAUAUGGAGGCUUGAGUGUAUUUCUCCUUGUGUAAUGCAUAUCUCAGCUGCAUUUCUGUCUUCCCACAUAGUCAUUGUGUGGAAAAUCAGUGACCUAAUCACAAAAUCAUGGCUUCUGAGUUUUCUAACCAAGUGAUGUUGCCAUCUCGCUGUGAGAAAAUGGACCACUAUUGAGCAAAAUGGUUCAUUGGCAAAAUGUCUCCUGACAAAAAGUGGGGUGUCGGCUCACUACUGAUUUGAACAGAGAACGUUUGCAUUGUCUGCUUUCCUAGACACUUGUCUCACUGUGUGGGAAGAUUGUAUUUCACAUUCAGUUUGUUGCAUGGCAUAACAGUUGCUGCUAAUUUGAUGUCAUAGCUCUCCUACUGUAGAUAAGAAAUGAUAGUUUUUAAAGGACAGCUGCAUAUAACGUGCCAACGCUGAGGCAGAGAGUCUUUGAACAUACGUAUUCUUUGUUAGCGCUCUUAUGAAUCAAACAUUACGUUUUCCAGCCUGCAUUGUUGUCCCGUAUAGAUAAUGCACGAUUUCUUUGUGACAGUACAUAGAGUAGGCUAUUGUAGUGCUAUUCUACUAUAUAACUGUGAGGCAUUACUGUUGUCCUUGAUAUGCACCCUCGUGUUCCUAUAUUACUUUUCAUUUUUUAAAAACACAACAGGAAAAUUUUUUUUCAUUUCUAAUUUGCUUGAUUUGAUGCAGGCCGUAAUUAACAUGCAAGAAUCGAUCGAUGACGGCUAGCACUUUGGAAAAUGAUUUCAUUGCAUGAUGCAAAGUUCAAUUCAUUGCAUUUCUGUUGGUAGAUUCAUAAUUGCCCUCACUUACUUGCUGAAGCACCAAAUUUUAAUAUAAGUUGGUUUUUUAACUGAAAAAUGUGAGAAUGAUUAUAGAAGACUACCUGUCCAUUUUUCACAUAAGUUCAAGUGAAUUUUGUGUACAAAGUACUUGUUGGGCAGGCGGCAGUGCAAAAGGAUAUAUGCUUCUGAGCAUUCUAGUUUGUCUGUAAGUUCAUCUGAGUGGUUUCUUUCAGGCUCUCUGUAGGGCACUGGUGGCGCACAUUGCUUUGUAUGAAUGGAUGAGUAACUUUACUAAAUUCCUUCGGUGGGCGAAAUCAGUGCUCAGCGGGCCACUCCCAGGUCGGGAGGGAGGAUCCUUGCCUCUCUGCCAUGUCGCGGGCCCAGUGGACAGCUACUUUGCAAUGUGUUGAAAUCCCCCGCUCCAGGCACAGUCAUUCUAAGUGCCACGCUUCUGCUCAGGGCACAUUCUUGGCCUCUCCAUUACAUUCGGAGAACUGUCAGGCCUCAACAAUAUUUAGCCCACAUUAUGUCUCUGUGAGACAGUGAACAUCUUUUACUCUUAUCAUUGAGGAGUCCCUGUAUGACUUGAGGAGGCAUACUGGGGCACAGUAUAGAACCUAACAGAAGAGAGCAGGGCCUGUCUGGAGUCAUACUCCUUCAAACUGUCUGCUUGAUGCAUCAGUGCCAAUUGAUGCUUACUCGCUCUGCGAUGCUGCAGUCUCUAGAGCAGGAAGCGUACAGUUAUUGAGUGUGGGCAGAUUACACACCCAUUUUCACGCGCUGCUGUGGUUGACUGCGGGUGGGUGAUUUGGGAGAGUGAGUCAUUUCAGUUCUAGCUCACAAAGCCGGCAUUUCUGAUGCUUCCAGUAUUUUUCACCUGGCACCACCUUUCACCUAAUGUAUUUGGGGUGCAGAUAACAGCAUAGAUGAACGCAGCAAUGAGUAAGUUGUAAUUGCAAUCCAUGUCUGGCUCCACUGCAUCUGCUGUCAAACAGAUGGUUGCUGAUGAACGUGUUGUUUCAUUUGGUUGUGCAUUUCCGGGUUGUUUUUGCCUUCUCCGGGACAAACCUGAAAUGUAAAUUAUUUGUUGUUGGACCCUGUUGCUGAGUUUUGAGUUGAAGAAAAUGCUAGUGGUAUGCAAAAUGAGGUUAGUGGCCUCGUUGUUUACAAGCAUAUAUUCUAGUCACUCUUUUGUUAGUACUUACUUUGUAAGCAUAACCUGUCUUUUCUUGACACAGGUGCAUUUGAUUUGUAAAUGAUGGAACACUGUGCAAAAUGCACUUUGUGCUCUAUUUUAAUAUGGUUCCUGUCUUUGUUUAAGAGUAAUGUGCAUUUAUUUUAGAGCUUUGAUUUUGCCCAUCAUAACAGUGCAGUUGAGGGUUUGAGGGUACAGUGGCUUGUGCACAGGGAACGAUGCAGGGCUUUGUUUAACUCAAUUUUUCUUUUUUCUCACCUGUUAUUGAAUGCAUUUUUUCAUGUAGCAAUGUAAUAGUGUGCUGUUUGCUUAGGAUUCAUGUUCAAACUACUUACACUGUACAGGUGGGCAGGGGCAGCUUGGGAAUAAUAUCGCUCUAUCCACUUAUCAUCAUAACAUUUAUCCAGGUGUGCUUAUUCCUAGGUAAAGUGAAGUAGCUGGGUUUGUUCUUAUAUGUUAUGUAAUAUUUUUGGUAAGUCUAAAAGUUGAAGUAAAAUUUGCAAGAAAAAUUUACAGAUAACUACAAUGCCAUAUGCCAGUUUGUUAAAUUGCUCGUGUAAAUUUUCUUCCAUUUGAUGUGGCAUUUCAACCUGAUAAGAAAUACUGAAAACAUCAAGGCUAACCCAGGUAUUAUUGUUUCAGAAGGCAUAGCUGGUACCUUCUGUAGCUGGUACCCACUACAGUGAAACCUUGUUAAUACGAACAUCACGGGGUCACCAAAAAUAUUCGUAUCGCCCAAAAUUCGUAUCACCAGAAAGUAUCAAAAAUGAGCAUAUGCAAUAAAAAAAUGCACGCGUACAUUUUUACUUAUCAUUUCUCAGUGCCACAGCAAUGUCACGAAGAGAUCUGAGUGAUAUUCAGUGAGGCAUUUAGAUAUUAACAAUCAUUCUUGGACUCAUAAAUAUAAGGUGUGUAAUAUUACUGAGCCAGGUGUGUUUUGACAUGCAACAGCUUAUAGCCCCUUCCUUAUUUUAGUAUGCUUUUUCACAUUACUCCAGAAUACUGUGACAAAAGUGACAGAAGGAGAUCUUUUGGAAGAUUCACAGCUGUGCCCGCACAAUCAGAGAGUUGGCACUUGUUCGCAUCAUCAACAAUAGUGCAUGUCGAUGUUGUGAGGCCUAGCUGAUCCGUCACCAAUACUGCCUACUUCCUCUAUCGGUCCUUGUUCUGCUUUCAUAGGAUCUCUGAUGUCCGAAACAUGGCUUGCAUCAUCAUGGAAGACACGUGUAAUGACAGCAUCACAUGUCGACGUGUUGAAAAAAAAAAAUACAUGACAUCAAUGUUACAUGAAAUCUAAAGGCAAAGCUCCAUGAAGUUGCAUAAGGGCCUGUGAGAUUCGCACACACAAUCUGAGAGGCUACAACACCUAAGUGAAGGCUAAUUACAUCGUGUUUUAUUCUGAUUAAUUGGCAGCAUGGCUCGCAUGCCCAUGCUUGAGUUCUCAUGCACAGGCAGCGUCUGUUUGUACCUUUGCGGUAGCAUCUGUUCAUAUCAAAUGUCAAGAGGUGAAAAUCUGUUUGCAACAACCGGAUUGUAUUACAUUGCUGGCCAAUGGGCAAAGAAAGAUACGUAUCACCUUCAGGUUUGUACAAACCGUGAUUGUACCACCAAGGUUCCACUGCACUUGGAUGUGACUGUCAUUGAAAGCCUGGUGGGUUGUUUUUCAUACAGGGAUUGAAAAAGAGGCGUAAAGUUAUGCAAGAGAAGUAUUUCGAUGUACUAAAGAGUCAAAUGCCUCUGCAGAUUGCAGCGCUGUUCAUAAGCUUUUCUUUUGCUGCAUGUGGCACAAGAGUCGUCAACUUUAGAACACUGGGAUCAAACAGAACUGAAGGACAAAUGCAACUGUGAGCUAAAAUAGUAUAUAUUAUUAGCAAGUGCAUACAGUUUAACCUAUAAAUAAUCUGUGAGGCCCUUGCACAUACCGUUCAGAUCUAUAAUUAAUCACCCUGGCUUAUUUGCUGGCGUAUAACCUUUCAGCAGGUAAUACCACACUUACUAGUGUGCAUUUAUUGCACUCUGCUUUAUCUAGCUUUUCUUGUUUUGGGUUGUUUGAACAAUUUACUUUCCUAUUUAUGACAAAGGGGGAACAUUUUCAUUUGUUGUUGAAGCUUAAAACUUCUCACUGUGUCAUCAAAAAGUUCUCUUACUUAAGCAUUGCCAAUAGAUAUAUUUGCUCGACUCCCACGUUCAGUCAUGCAUGUAAGAUUGCAGGCCGUUGUCAGCGUUUCAAGUUUUCUGCAGAUCAAGCUAACCAUGCUUCAAAUUGUUUCCAUUAUUAGUACUUGUACAAAUUGCAUCUUGCACAGGCAAAUUAACAAAAAAAUCUGAAAAUAAUUUUUUAUUUCAUAUGCACUUAAUUAGCUUGUCAUUAUAGUUCCUGCACAUUUUACAUAACAGGAAGUCAACUUAGGGUCAGUUGCUUAAAAUCGUUACGACGAAACCAGAGGUUUCAGGUUGAAAAUUUUUCUGCUAAAAUUGUUUACCUAGCUCGCACCAGUCUGAGUUACUUCUGCUGCCAUUGUUAAUAGCUGAGGAUUUUCACGAAAAGAGUGCUAAUAAAAGUGAGCUUGGUUGUUUUAUUAUUUUUUUUUUUGCAGUUUGCCAUUUACAGCUUUUUGUUUCCUGAAAAUGUGGCACAAACUCUCUCUAAAAGUAGAUGGCUUGUUUUCCCCAUGUUUGGUAAAGUGCCCCUUUGCUGACACACGAGAAAAAUUUGAAGGUCAUUGCACUGCGUAUAAGGUACAGAAAAACCACUUACGAAAGGCACACAAUGCGAAUAGGUGUAAACUAACUGUUCAAUUUUCUGUGAAGCUCAGCCUGGGGCUGAGUUUGAAAAUGAAAGAAAAUAUAGAAAAGGGAAAGUGCGAAAGUACGAAGUUGAGAAAAACCAUAAUGAAAACAUACUGCUGAAACAGUUCGUCACGAAGGGAGCACGUAUUAAGACCUCUGUGUGCUCAAACAAGCUUGGCAUUCACACUUUCGCUGUCAAACUUCCCAAUCUGCUCAUAUGCAUAGCUGUGCUCUCUUAGUCUGGGACAUUCUUGCGGGCUAGUUAAGUUAUUACAGCGUAUGGCAGUGCUUGUGUCAUCUCUUUGUGUGCGUGUGCUCUGCCAUAUGGUUAAUCAGGAGUUAAGGCCUUAACACCAGACUAACAGAGCACUCUAAAGAGUUAGGCUCUGUCAGAGAUUUGGUUUCACGUGCCACCACAAAUGAGAGAAAUUCUGCGUUUACUCGCGUAAUGAACGCACUUUUUUCUCGAAAAAUCAGAGGAAAUUUGAGGGACGCAUUUAUUUCGCGAGGUAAAUUUUAUGAAAACCUUUUUGUAAGAAGCCAAAAAUGUGAUAAUGAAAAAAAAAAGUCAGGUUGCUUAGCCUUUUGCAAUUGACAUACGCGUACACUGUGAGGAAAUAGCUUCCUUGUUGCAUUUCACUCAUCUUUGGUGGUUGAUAGCGCUUUCUUCUGCAAGCUGUCCCCAAGCCGCCCACGCAAGCCAUAAAAGUGUUUUGCGGCUAUCUUUUCUCGCAAUCCUUUGACUGCAACAGUGCUUUCUGCUGUGAUCUCGAAGGGUGCCCAAAAGCAUGCGACGCACUUGGCCAACUUCGUGGCAACCUCGCACGAUGACCGUGACGACGCCAUCAACAUUGUAGCGAAUAACCAAUAUUGCAGCAAGCUACCCCCGAAGCAUCAAAACAAACCGUCAAUAACAAGAUCAAGGACAAAAUAUGGCCCCCGCCUCUCUUCUACAUAAGAAGUUCCUGUACGCGCAGAUAACAAGCGAAACGAAAAUCAGGGGUGCUACCGUGUUGCGGAAAUCAUCACGAUAUUUUCUGGAUGACAAGCAAUUUUUUCUGGUUUUCCCACACGAUAGCGACGAAUGACCCCUCGCAACAGCAAAUCAUGUCGUCGUUGCUCGAAAAUCGCAUGCACAUAGUUGGGUUUUUUUAAACUUGCUGCCUCAGUUGGCGCGGGCACUUUCCUGACCUUUGUUUGUUGUUUGCUCAUCAGCUGCGAUGUCUACACUCGCACCAUUCGUGAACCCCGCUGUAGUGCACAGAUAUCACGGGGGACGUGCCACACACAGAUAGAAAGAAAAACAAUAUGACACGCGGCAACGGGUAAAGGGGGAGUGAGGGAGUGAGCCGAGGUGGUUCGGCAACAUAAUAAAAAACGAAAGAGAUCCAAUGGGUGAAAAGCCGCCAGGUGUCGGUUAUUAGCGGGACUGCAGUCGAUGAAUGUAGGUAGUGCGUUAUUAGGCAGUUGGGAAAAAAAGCUAAAUUUUUAUGCCUGAAGUUGGUGGUGCGUUUAUUAUGCGAGUGCGUUCAUUACGUGAGUAAACACGGUACUUAAGGCCUGCAGCAUGUUAUCGGGAGAAUUCAGUAUAUAAGCAUGUAAGUAAGUACUCCAACUUUUUUGCUAAAUGAAGUAAGAACUAAAGUAUUGAGGGACAAAUUCUGGCGCUUCCGCUAACACGCUGUGCAAUUAUGCUUACACAUCCUGAUGAACCAUUUCACUGUUAUGUGUUGAUUUUGCUUUUUUUCGUGGUCAUAGUGUUACUCUCGCCCUUGUUUCCUUUCCGUUUUUUGAGCACAUCUUCAGGUGGCACUUCACAAAAAUUAAAUAGUUGUUAGUUUGCGUCUAUUCGUUCUUGUUGUGUUUUCUGCGCUGUUUGGGAGUGGGUUUUUUUGUGUGUGCGUGCGUGUGUGCAGUCUUAUGCAGCCUAAGGUUCUCUUUGCUCUCAGGUCUAGUCCAUGUUCUGUUGUCGACAGCAUUCUCAGGGCAGCUUUUUAAAUGACUGUACUUAAGGUGGAACGACAAUCUCGCAUGUAUUCUCUUUCACACUACUCAGGACACUCAUGUAUUCAAAUAAAGAUGCAUAGAUAAAAAAGAAAAAAAAAGUGGAGCACAUUGUGUUAUGUGCUUUCCAACUCCAAGUACACAUUUUUAUGUCAUGCAAAUUAUUGGCAAGCAUGACUAUAACAAAGCAGAAAUCAACCUGCCUUGUUAAGUUUUCCAAAGAUCUGUAAAAGAAAAAGAAACGUUUCAGCAUAGAAUAUUUAUUUUGUGUAUAAUAAAAAGUACGCUCAAUCUAAUGCUCUUCCUUCUGUGCUUUAUUUUAAGCGUGGUUUUAAUAGUUUGCAUAAAUAAGAAUAGUCAUUUGUUGUUUUUAUUGAACUGCUAAUAACUAGUGUGCUGCCAUAGUUGUCAAAGCACAACUGCAUUGACUUGGUGCUACUGUAGGUACAUCAAGUGUGGAAAAGUCAUUUGAUGCUUGUUUAAUAACUGAUUCACUAGCUUGCUUUCGAAAAGGUUCAGAGACUUCACUGCCCUCUCUGUACAGGGUGUGUUGCUUUGGCGUGUUCAUCAGUGACAUAGUGCACACAGGCGAGUGAAAGUUUGCCUUACUCCGCAUGAUGUUCAUGCUGCAAUUAUGGAAAGGUACUCUUUGAAAAAAUCUGCAUUUGUUAGCUUUGUUCAAAGUGACCUUUGGACAAGCUGAAGACCUGAGUGAGCAAGCCUUUGUUAAGUUAAAUUUGUAUUUUAGUGCUGCUUCUGUGGAACUCGCAGGUGCUUGCGCAAAUGAACCUCAAAUGCUGCUGAAGAUUUUUGUGUUUUAUUUCUGACUAUGAGACGUCGCUGGCAUGGGCGUUUUAGGAUGGCAAAUAAGAAUUGCGCGCUCUUUAUACUUUCAUUUUAAUCAAAUAUUCGCAAGUGGCAACAUUAGUGAUGUUCAGCAGUUUUUGAUCAGGCUUUGAGGAAAAUUAUAGGAAUUGCCAUCUUGUUAAAGCUCACAAAGCUUUUGUCUUCAUCAAGCUACCAUUUGCUGAUUCAUUAUAGCCCGCUUUCAGACCACUAAAAUAUUGACCACUAAGGUUUUAACCAAACCAAUCAGGCUGCAAGCUUUGUCAGCAUUAUGUUUAUCACAAUGAAAAGAAUUAUGGUACCCAGAACUUUUUUGUUAUAUUGACAUUUCUUUUGUUUUAGCUUUAGAUGUUCUAUAAAAAAAAGUGUCCUUCUCUAAAGAGAAUAUUUCCACUCACCAAAAUAGUCCUGUAAAAAAUAUACUUGAGAAAAAAAAAGGACACUGGAACAGUAAGUUGUCCUUCUAAAGAGCAUAAAAACGAACAACAUAAAUACUAGAGUUGUAGGCAAAAACACACGUGCUCACUAACAACUGACGCAUCAGCACUUAAUGUUGCCGAGAAUAUAUUAGCACUGAAUGAAUGGAAACACAAGAAGAGGACACACAACACAGGCGCUAACUUCCAACAUAAUGUUUUAUUGCGACACUCUUGACCGCUCAUAUUGCUCAAGAAAACGUCUUCUUGUUAACAUGAUUUGCUUGAAGCAUGAUGAAAAAAAUGGUUGAUGAUGCCUCUUUUGGCUAGCCAUUCAUUAUAAGUCCUGUGGCAGCACAUUCCUCUUCAACGCAUGUAGUGUAAUCAAUAAGAUACAUGACAAGCUUAUUAGAGGGAUGGUUGAGGCUAAGGCUAUCCCAUCCCUGAGUUGCGUGUGCAUCAGCACUCCAUUUCUUAACCUCUGUGAAAGAGAACUGUCGUUCUUAAGAAAUGAGGUUUGUGCGCAUCACAUGUGAUGUGGUUUUCUUGAGUGAUAUGAGUAGUUGAGAGUGGCAAUAAAACAUUAUGUCGUAUGUUAGUGUCUGUGUUGCAUGUCCUGUUUUUGUGUUGGUUCAUUUAGCGCUAUUAAUCUCGUCUCCAGUAUGUGCCAACAAUCCCAAAUUUCAACAGUGCUGAGUUGUUGUUGCCUCUUGUGCAUUUUUUCAGUGCUCUCUUUAGAAUGUUGUACUAACUCACCCAGCUAUCAAGGCUUCCAUGCAAAUCAGUCGAUUUGUUUGUAAAUGUAUGUUUUUAUUUACUGAAGACCUUGACUGGUUUUGCCACAUUGCAUGCAGCAAAAUAGUAAGUUGGUGAUUUGGCAGAAGCAAAUCCUAUUUAAAUGAACCUCAGUAGCUAAAUAGAGCAACUCUCCAUUCUUUUGACUAUGCUUUGUAGGUGAAUUUGGCCUAUUGAAAUUUGCUAUAAAACUGUCACUUUGUAUAGUGUGCUCUUGCUGCCAAGAACUAGCUAACAUGUAACCUAAGCAAUGUAUCAAGCGGCAUUUAAACAAACUGAGUUUUUCUUCAUGUUUAAAUGUUAUGCAACUGACGUUCAGUGGAUGGCUGCAGUUUUCAUUCUAAUUGGCGACUAGCAGUGCAUUUUCACCCAGCUGUAUGCUUUUAAUCACUUCCAUAAUGAAAGACUCAUUGACGAACGCUCUGUUCUAGAUGACACUUAUGCAGGCCACUUUUUGCUUUUCUAAGAGGGCCUUUCUUUUUUAGUGCAAAAACAAAUUCUGAAACUAAGGCCAAUUUAGAGCCUUAGAGAUAACUACUACUCAAAAGAAAAUUUGCCGUGAAAGCUUACAACUCAUAAAGAAUCCUUUGUCUGUCCUAAUCAUCUUUCAUGGCAGCAGAUAUGUGGGACAGGCCUUAGGGAGCGUUCAUAUGGUGACCACAUGGCACAUUGCUAAACUUGUGCACUCCAAUUUCAACAGUGCGUAGUUCUCUGCAGUAAGGCCGAAAUACAAGAAGCCGCACAAAUGGCUAAUGUAGUGCGCUGUCAGUUGCCCUGUCUAAUCGUCCUAUCUAGCACGUGAGAGCAAGAGGCAAAAUAUCAGGUACAAAUUCUGAGUGUCAAUUGUCUAGUAAACUUAGGUUUUAUAUUAGGGUGUCAUUAUUUGUGAAAGCGGAGUGGGGCAGGCACGCAGUGUGUAUUUAAACAACAUAAAUUUACAUAAAAGUUAGUGCUUGUAUGUGCAGUGUUCUUUUCACAUAUUAAGCAUUUCUUUCGCAAAACAAGAAAUCAUGAAUUACCACGAACUACCCAAACAUGCAUGUUGCAAAAAAAGAACACUUUGUAACUGCCUUUUGUAUUGUCAAGUUCUACAUUACAUUGUGUCUAAAUCUUACAUUUUAAAACAGAGCUAAAAAUUAUCUAAGGCCAACUCUUGGCUUAGACUGGAUGUAUUCUUUGAACCCUCAUGCGUGAGUUUUUGCUCACGCUCAAGUUUUUUGCAUUACUGCCUAAAAUGGUUCAAAUCUUUUGGAUUUGAUUGAAAAUAUGCAGUCCAUAGGUUAUGUAGUUUGCUUGCCAUUUUUACAUAUUAGCCUGUGUCUCCUGCUCUUGUCAUGUCUUUUAGCAUUGAUGUUUGUAGGCACAUAGAGAUUUCACAUUCAAGGUGAAAAAAUUCAAGCUGAGAAACAUGUCGCGACAUGUGCCUAUAGGUUUCUGAACUUUGUCUUCAUUUUUCCAAAUGAACAAGAUUCUACCGACAAUCACUAUUUCACACAACUUGCACGUAACAUAAAAAAUUUCCAUCCAAGCAUCAAUGUUAUGCUGAUAAAAAACUGAAAAGAAUGCUUGCAGGCAGGAAAAGGAGUUUUGUGGCACACUCUAGUGUAUCGCUGGCUGUAUGAAUGGCAGAGGAAUUUUCGUUGCUUUGCCUUGACUACUUGUUCUCAAAGAAAUCCUGUAUAAUAUAGUAUGUACACUCUGAAAAUGCUUCUGCGCUACUCAAAGUUGGAAUAUAUUAAGUUGUAUUCCAUAUUCAGUGUGUCUUACAAUAGAUAUUUGUUAUUUUAUGAAGGUAUAUUGCACUAGCAGAGUUUGAACCUAUGCCACAACAGGUAUCAUUGCAUUUCUUGAAGGGGUUCAUUCAAUUGCGAGUCUUGCCCAAUAUAUUGUUGCAUCAUGCCUACUGAUUUGUCUGCAGAUUGUUGAGAUGCCAUUUGGAAGGAAAAAAUUAUAUGCAAAGUUUGAAAAGGUUUGUUUAGAAAGGCUGGCUGUUCGUAAUCUGAAUUGCAGGUGCAGAAUAAUUUACUAAAUGAUACUGCUCCUGCAACUUCUGGGGUGUUUUCAUACUGACUCUGAUGCUAUUCUUUUAUUUUAUUGUGGUAACUUUGAUUCUUUUGUUGCUUUUUAUUUGUAUCUUGGCUAGCACUUCGAUUUAUGGAUGUUUUCUUGAUUCUACACAUUGCACGCUAACAACAAGCCUUAGCACUAUUAUUCUGAAGCCUUCUGUUUGUCACAGAAGAGUUAUGUCGUUCUGGGUAUCACUCUUUCUCACGUGUAGGGAGAAAAUAAUGUGAACAUAAGUUGUGUUGAUUCUAUAUGGUCAUUGUGGAUACCAUAGUAAAUUGUGCACUUCAUAAGAUGGGAUUGAUUUCCUAGCAAAAUUGGCUCACUUGCAGAGUGCAUACACCCUUGAGGGAUAUGUGGUGUCCAUGCUAUUUUAUGAAUAGGAAUACAACUAGUGGCAGAAUGACAAGAAGCAUCACAGUUAUGCUUAGGACUUGUUCAGAGCGGAUUAUUUCAAAAAUAAUGCUUCGACUAAAAAUUUUCUAAAAUUAUAUGUCGUAUUCUUUUACAAACUUUGUCUCUCGAAAUGUGUCAACCUCUUAAGUUCUCUUGACCCUUUGCAAUCAUAAGCCCCUACCCAAAUCAGCGCAGUUCAAAUCGGAAACGAUUUUGCACAUUUUGGGCAUCUAGCAAAAAAAAAAAAACUCUCGCAUACAAAGAAACACCUGUGAGCACAUUCAUUUGAGAAUACUUUCUGUAUGCUGUAGGCUGUCAGCAGUUCUUGAACAAUGCCCAAAGCAUUCAUCCAGGUGGAAGCCAGAAUUUACACGACAUGUCUCACCUUGCUGUUUCUGUACACAGGGCAAUCCUUGCUGUUGCCAUCUGCAUUCUUGUUUAUGAAGUGUGGCUCUGAAAUGAAAUCUUUAACGAUGCUGAGAUCAUCAUAAGACUCUCGAAACUCUCGCCUAUACAAUGUCCACGCAUAAAAUAUUGCCAUCUGGUCUUCAAUACAUGCUACAAGUUCUGUGCAAAUAUUUCUAGUCCCAUUGAAAAUGUGUUUAUUCAAAUUAGGAAGACAAAAACUGCAAUUAUAAUUUAAUAACGAUGCGGAGAGAUGGCACAACUCAUCCAAAUAGAGAAUGUGAGCAAGUUUGCAUUUUAAGAGCGUGUGAACGUAGCUGAUAAUUUCUUAUGGCGGCAUGCCCCCGACACAUGACUGCAAAUCGUCAAAGUGCAAGGCUGUGUUGCUUUAAUGAUAUGAUCUCAUCAUCCUUUUCAACGCUAAGCUAUGUGCGAUUGGACCGCACCCUAUAGGGGAGACCCAUAUCGUGGAGGGUGCUGUGGUGCUGAGUGCUGCCAGUAAAUGUGGGGAGAAAACUUGCUCGAGUUUGACCUCUCUGCUGUCUUCUUCAAUCUGCUUUAAAAACUCGUUGCUUUGCCCGCACGGUACAUGCGUUCUGCACGUGUUUUUUUUUUUUUUAGCUUUGCAUCGCACGUGGUUAGGAUGUACAUGGUACUGUCCGCAUUUGAAAAGAUCGGUACAAUUUAGGGGGGUUUUUUUCGUGGCAGCAAUUUUGUGAAAUGUCGGCAUAAGCUUAGCCAUGUAGCAGAUGCAGAGAAAGUGAUACCAGAUGGCGCUGUAAUCAAACCCUAUAAAAACAUGUGCGAUAGCAAAAUGCCUCAUUUAAUAAUCUAGUAUUUUUGAAGUGUACAGAAAUAUUUCAUAUGAGAAAUUCACGGAGAUGAUAUUUAUGGCAAUUUAUUUAUCAAACAUUUUGCCUAGUACAUUGCAAUGUGGUUGUUGCUAACCAUGUUCUAAUCUUACCCAUAAAACGUGGUGGUUGGAUAAGUACCCUUCUAUUCUAGCCUCACUCUAUAAUUACAUGCCAUUGAGACAAAUUCUUGCUGACCAUGAGUUCAGGAAUCAACUGUCUCAAGAAAAUGUUUUACUAAGCACAGUCAGUUAUACACUUCAUCGUCUAUCAUACCUUUGCGCCGUUUUUGUGUGAAGUGCCCGUUUUUUGUAAGCUGCUUGAAAAAUUGUUGGCACACAUGAAGGGCCCUGACCUGAGUCAUUUUUGCUGUUUCCCACAGAAUGGUUGCUACAAAUUAUUGUUGAAGCUUAUGGCAAUCACACACUUCAAUUGGUACUGUGUACAUAUAAAAAAUAUGUAUCCUCACAUUACAAAUACACAUGUGUUCACAACUUCAACUUCCACAUCUUCAAGAACAUCUCAUAAUAUUAGCAGCAUAAACAUAAAUCUCUGUACCUUCUUAACAGGGCUCAAAAGACGAAAGUUGAAAAUAUUAUGGUAAUUUGUGCACUUAGGAUAUGGACGUGUAUAUAUGUCUCAGUAACUUGAGAGAUUAUAGGAGUAGUGAUGCAAGAAUUAACUUCCGUUAUGUUGAAUUCUUUGUGCACAUGGUCAUUUUUAUAAAAAUUUUAACUACAUAUUUUUGGCGCACUGCUGUAAUCUAUCCCUGUUGUCUACAUUUUUUGUACCAUCUGUUUGGUAAUCCGUAGAAUUUCACUGGUGGAGUCGACCCCUUCGUGUUUGCAUGGCCAUUGUGACAGUUGACGACGCAGCAGUGAGAAUUCUCUUCUCUUUGUCGCGGUGACAUCGCAAAACAAGGGGUGUGUCACAUGCAAUGCAUGCUUUGCAAAUGCAUGCGGACCAAAAGGAGUAGAAGGUGCUGAGACUCUACAGUUGUACAUUUUUUCUGGCAGGGAAUUGGCAGGCACUGGAAUCCGUGGGCAAACUUGAGCGGGUCUCCCCUGUAGUGUAUGGUGCAUGCAUUUGUACAUAAAACCCAACUGGUGCAAAUUCCUGUCCAGUUACACAGUGGUUGAGCGAGAUGCAAAGCAGCAAACAAUUGAAUAUAUCAAAUGGGCAGAGCCUCAGAACCAAAGUGCUGUGAGAAUUGCAGGAAACAGUGGAGCUUAAAGCUUGUCACUCGCACGGUAAGCUUGUGGAACUGAUCACAUAAAAGUCAUGGGCAUCCUCUGGAUACCUUGGCUUAUAGCUCACUAUGAUGGCAUGGGCAUUCUCUGGAUACCUUGGCAUAUAGCUCACAAUGAUGGCAGUUUAAAGUGCGUACCAGUAAUAACAUCGAGUAUGUUACAAAUCUUAGCAGGGAGAUUGUGGGAAACACUGGCAGAAACGUCUUCUUUUAAAGAAUGAAAUCAAAAUUUUGUGCGAGUUUAAACUGCUUGCAGUGUACAAUUGCUGUUAGAAAAUGUUGUUUCUUUUGCAAGGUUAAAUAAGUCAUGCUAAGCCUCUUUUUUUUUUUUAAUGCCAUGGCAAUUAUAUGAACACCCUUGGCAUGUUUCUGCUAUGACUAUCUCGUCAUUUACUGUUUAAACUAUAAAUGUGUAACAUCACUCCGCACAUUGUACAUUCUGUGGGCUAAUAAAAGUGUGGGAGGGCUGGGGAUGAACGCUAUGAAGCAGAGAUGAAUUGAGCCUGCCAUCUUUGUCACACAAAGGGUGCAUGCAGAAACACCGCCCCAAUGCACCUCAGGCAGGAAGGAUAUGCCCCACCUGUUUUCAGUUGGGCAAAGGAGCGUGAACAGAGGAGCAACUGUGAGGUUUGAUCAUAAGGGCGCGGUCACAAGCACUGGCACAUGCUAUCCAAUCAGACAUCAGCACAUGGCUCGUAUAGGUGCUAUGCUCUCGCAACUUAGUUAGGUCACAGACAGCACGAAAAACCACUUCACUCCUUGAAAAAUCCACAUUGGCUUAAACCAGCAUUUUGUAGAGCUACGCGAGAUUGAAUCCAAAAGUUAGCCGCCAGAAUUGUAUAACAUUCAUUGUUUCGCCUUUGCAGGGAAACUGUAAUUUUUUUUCACAGAUGUAGAAUAGAGCAAGUCGUGCUGAUUUUCUUGUCUUGUAAUGCAAAUAAAAAAUUUCGGAAAUUCACAAUAACCCUUCGCUCUAACAAAGUGAAUAUUAUGGUGAUAUGAAAUGAAAAAUUAACAUGUACCUGACCGGGAAACAGCAGUAAAAGAAAAUCUUCAGUGAGAUCCUUUUUUCCGUGUAGGCGGAAUGAAUUUCUUUAAUUAAGCUCCCGCAAUUUUGUUUGAUUUUGUAAAAACAGUUUGCCAGUAUAUGCAGCAUAUUUCUCUAAUGACAGCUAGAAUUCAUUACAUUCAAAUAAUCUGGCUAUGCAUAUGUUGAGUUUACAUGCUCAAACAAAUUAUAAUGAUUAGUUCUUUUUUGCAGUGAAGCAUAAUAAAGUCAAUGGCUAAUUAGAAAUACACAGCCAAGGGAAGAUGCUGCAACUGAUCGUUUCUCACAUGUUUCUGGCUUGACCUGCUUGACAAAAUGCUCAUUAAAAAUAAUGAUAAGAUCACUAAUGUUUCAACUGAGUAUAUCUAUUUUAAAUCAAAAUUAGUUCAAAAAUUUGGAUUUUAAAAACUGCAUUCUUCAUGUGUUUUGGCUGAAUUACUGACAGGCCACAUUUCUGCCUAAUUUUUUAAUUUAGUUUGAAAAUUGUGCAGUACUUUCUGCUAUGCUAUUAUGAUGGUCAAACAGCCUGAUUCUAUUUUGCGGGCUAAUGGGACUGUUUAGUUUUCAAGACAUGUCACAAAAUAAGAACAUGGCAGCUUGAGCGCAUAUGGAGAUGAAACUGAUAGCUGGUGUGCCUUUCAGUUAGCUUAUGUGCUGCAUUGGAUAUUUUUUAUCUUUUGUACUAAUGACCUCAUUUAAACACUAUUUGUAUACUGUGAGGCUGACAAUCAGGGUUGUUAAGAACUCUUUCUCAUUUUAGAUUCUCUGAAUAGCAAGCAUUUUCAACUGCAUGCUCUCUACUUACCGCAGAAUAUUUUUAAAUGACGUCAUUUCGUUGAGUUGUCAUGAAAAUGCUCUGCUGUUCUGAAUGAACAGCAAACAUUUAACAUUCAAGACCUUGGUGGCAGUUUUAAACAGUAAUCCCCUAUUAAGUCUUUCAGUGUCCCACCUAAUUGAAGAUUGAGAUGUUUGCUUAUUCUCGCCAUCAUGUAUCUUGCAGUCUUGCGAGUUGAUCAGGCAAAGUGUUUUCUUUUGCUUUGUUUUUAAUGGCUAUCCUCUUGCUGUACAUUGCAUACUAUGAGUCCGUAUUGUGUCUGUUGCAAUAGAAGGAAAGUACCUACGAUUGGGAAUGUAAAAGUUUUCAGUGAUAGGUCUUGAAACUUUGUCUUUGAUUCACUUUUUCACUAAACUGUUGAAAGUGGGGAAUGUUUAAAAAUUAACAAGAACUGUCGCAAAGCUAGUAAAAUGUUUGUUCCUACUUCCAAGUUUCCUGGACAGAUCAGCAGACAAAACAGUGCUGAUGCAAAAUGAAGCCGUGAUUUCUUUUAGCUAUCUUCGUACCUUUGCUUCAUUUUGUUCCACCUGGUAUAAACCGACUAUGUUGACUUCGAAUAUUUACUUCGCAUCGGAAACAUAUUAGGUACUGGGUCAUUUGUGGGACCCGUCUCUUGCAUGUUGUUGCAUAGUUGUCACAUAGAGCAAGCCUUUGGUUGGAAAAAGUGUGCUAACAUGAGGGACCCCAGUGGCAACUUGUAUGCACCACCUUACUGAAGAUCGCACAAGACCAAUCUGCACAAACAGCUACCAGUAUAAUGUAUGAUUUUGUAUUUAACUUCACAUGCGAGGCAUUACAGACCACUCAAGUGUCUUUUUACUUGAAGGUGCGUGCUGUCUUGGUGACUUCCAGGUGAAGGUAAUGUGCCAUUUAUCAUUUGUGGUGGUGUCGUAAUUGCCGCCACCAACUAAGCGCUAACGAUCUGAAGCCAGAGCUUGAAGACCGUAUGCCUGCCAAGCCAUAAUAUAUUUUGUUGUGGCCAUACGAGAGAGACCCACCGGCAUGCGGCACAGUUUCCCACUGCUGAUAUCAUCCACAUCAGCAGACCCAACUUGCGGACCAGGCUAGUCAUAGUGGAGCUACAGAUACAGUUAGGUAGAUAACUAGACAGAUUAAACUGAUGUAAUAUGUCUGCAUGGUGGUCAGCGCUCACCCUUUGCGAAGCUCUAAGGUUUGUCUUAUUUGCAUUGCAAAAAACGGGUCUUCCAACCUCUUAGGCAUACAACAGGUAAUGUUCAUAUGUGCAGUGAAAUCUGGUGUGCAAUGUAUUCAAUGGCUUUUUGUUGGGUUCCCUCUGGCUCAACCAGCAAUGGAAAAUUAGUUUUUGUAGAAAGUGGAAGACACUUUGGGAGAAGUAUAUUGAAAAGCAGAGGCUGAGUGCGGCCACAAUGCAGUGACGUGAAGGAAUCGACCUUUUCUACACGCAUUUAGCAAAGGUAUUUUUCGAGUAUGUUUGUUGUCUAUUCAGGAAACAGUGUAGGAUACUUUUUGGCAGUGUGUUUCAUCCCCUGAUGAUGCGGUAUGCCUCCUGCCCUUGUAAAAAAAAAUGUUUCAUGUGCUUGGCUCCUCUGUUUAGGCCAGGCUUGACUUGUUGAUAGCUGUGCCUACAGAAAUGCAUACAGAAACAGGCACUGUCAAGUGAGUUUUGAGAACGAACAAAACGACAUGCAGGCAUUAAUGGGUUUUUUAAUGGCUAUACCUGUAUUUUGCAUGUGUCCAUAAUAGGACCUCGAAGAGUGCUUUAUACAGUGGAUUAGCUGCACUCUUCAGUUUCUCUAUUGGAAAAAAGAAAAAAAUACAUUUGAGAGCUGCAUAGCAGUCUUGGAUGAAUUUUUGGUUGAAAACGUUGCAUUGUCUGCUUCUGUUAACCAUUUCUUAGACACAACAGUUAGAGCCAUCUCUGGCCACUUGUUUGAGAGUUCCUAUAUUAGAUGGUGCAAUGCUGCCAUUAUGUUACAGAACUAGUCUUUCAGAAAAUAUCCUUACAGUCCAUUAAGAAGUAGCAAGAAUGAAGUUGGUGCUUUUGAGCUUGCUGUCAAGGUUUUGUGGUGCCCGCUUUUAUGCCUUGUUAUUUGCUCUACUGUUUUGUGUACGUAGUGUCUUGUGCACUUGAAGACAAGUAUAUUAACAAUGUUUUCAAACACCAA